UACUGUGUGCACUUGUACUCCCUGAUGGCUGGAUGGGUUGCGACUAAAUAAAGGAUCAAAUGAGUUUUCACCAACCUCAAGUUUGUAGGAUCUUAUGUGUAAAACAAUUUAAUGUGGUAAUGACCCAAAUAUCCCAAUAAUGACGGCGAUACUCAAGUAUCUGGUCAGUAUAAAAAGCAUACAUGUAUCAAAAUAGAGGCUGCCAAAGCUGGAGAUUUUCUUCCAGAAAUGAUCGGUAAGUUCACCAUGGAGCGAUAAGCGAUAAGAGAAUUUCUCUCCUCACUGCCCCUCCAUCAGCCCCUCCAUUCAUCCUAAUCUUAAACAACACUCACUACGUACAUUACCACAACUUACACCUUUCACUAAUUCCUUAAUAUCGCUCCUAAUCUGAACUCUCAUCAUGUCACCAAUUCCCAUAACAAUCCUCACCGGCUUCCUCGGCUCAGGAAAAACGACUCUAAUCCUCAACCUCCUUCCCCAACUCCACGCCCUCAACCCCUCCUAUCGUCUCGCCCUUCUCAAGAACGAAUUCGGAGAUCUUGCCGUCGACUCCCAGCUUGCUUCUUCAUCUUCGAUAACUUCCGUGCGAGAAAUGCUUAAUGGAUGUAUAUGCUGUAACCUCGUUGGUUCUCUAUCUUCCGCACUUCAAGAACUGCAGGAUAGUUUACCGGUAAAGGUUAAUACAUCUACGGGGAAGGAGGAAAAAGGGAGCCUGGAUAGGAUUAUUAUUGAGACGUCCGGAUCCGCGUUUCCUGCUACUUUGGCCAUGGAAGUUAACAGAAUUGCGAGGGAAACAAAAGGAGCUUAUGUGUUAGAUGGUGUGAUAUCAGUGAUUGACGUGGAAAAUUGGAAGGGAUAUGAAGAUACGAGUUAUACGGCACGAUUACAGGCGAAAUAUACGGACUUGGUGGUUUUUAAUAAAUGGGAGGGGGUUAGUGAAAGGAGGUUUGAUGAAUGUUUGGAUAGGUUAGGAGAUUUGGAGGUUCAGGUUGCGUGGGUCAAGAGUGAUAAGGGUUCAGUGGGGGUAGAUGUUGUAUGCGGAGUUGAUGGGGGAUUGGCUAGAGGGCUAGUGGAUGAUGUGGAUGGGAAGGAGGAUGGACACCGUCAUGAUCAUACUAAUGGGGAUCAUAAGCACGAACACUCCCACGAUCAUCAAUCCGAAGUCGAAGUCCUAUCCAUAACCCUCACGUCGUCUUCCCCUUCCUCAACAAUCUCCCUCGCAUCGCUCACCAAACUCCUCACCAGAGCACCCAAAGACGAAGUAUACCGAAUUAAAGCAGUUUUAUCAUCAAGCUCUCCUAUCCCGCCUUCCGACUCUUCACUCUCACCACCUGAAUCUGAGACCUCUGCAUCAUCAUCCUCAUCAAAUUCUACCACUGAUCUCGCACCAAAACCAGCAAAAUAUAUACUUAAUUGGGCUUUUGGGCGCUGGACUAGCACCAAAAUGGAAGAACAACAAUUAGAAAAGGAACAUGAGAGCAGUCAAGGAGAAGGAGUGGUACUGAGAAUGACGAUUGUGACAGCGAGGGACGAAAGCAAUAAGUGGAAGAAAAGGAUCGAGAGUGGUGGUUGGAUAGAGGUUGACGGUGGGGAGGGAGAGUUGAAGGUUGUGAGGAUUUUGUGAUAUGAAAGACAUGAUUGAAUAUAGAUAUACAGACUGGAUAGAGCGCGUUGAAAUUGGAUUACAUGAUGCAUAGAUACCUUUCUUUGCUAUAGAGAUAGAUGUUCUUUAUAUAUAUAUACACAUCUUUAAACGGAAGCAAAAUGAAAAUAACAAAAGAGCAUAGAUGGCUAUGAGAUCCACUCUAAUAUUGUAUCUACAGAACCAGCAAGU